AUGGCUUCACGCCGCAAACCCCAGUUCACAUAUAAGUCGCCCACCGCACAGGACAGCGUCUUAAUUACUUUAUCUCGUCCAAAAACAAAAACAAAUGGCACACACCCAAGAUCCACGAAAACAUCUCGAAGCAAUAGCUCCCAACAAGAGCACCGUUCACGCCAUGUCGCUCGGCGCAUGCACCCUACGUCCCCUCCCCUCCCGCUCUUCCAUCCACUGGGUUAUCUUGCAAUGUCGCUUCCACCGCUUGACCCGAUUCGAUAUGGUCUACCAGUGUUAGCCACCCCCGAUGAGCCGGACGACCAGUCCUCCCAUCGUUCCAGAAGAGCCGCAAAGCUGCGUGAGAAUGAUGAAGACAUCCACGCCGUCCCAUCUCCCACCGUCAGCACGAUUGCGGCGGUAGCCGCGCGUGAGGCAAAGGAACGUGCAAGUCCUCGGAAGCGACGUGUGGGAGGGGCCAAACGCAAACGGAGAGAUGCUGAUGACGGGGACGCCACCUAUCCUGCGAAGAGGACGAGGGUGCCGCGAACCGCCAAUGGCCAGACCGAAGAAGACCCCGUCGUGGAUGGGGAACAGCAAAGCGACGUUGCGGUUGUUCCAGAGGGGCUGGCCGAGUUUGCGGAAACUGCCCAGCGCCGUUCAACGCGUUCGAAGGCUAUAAAACGUCGUGAUUCAAGCGCGAGCGAAACAACUUCCAAUCUGGGAUCGGCACCCGCUGUAUCAGCGCAACCUGCAGGUGACGCAACGACACCAACCAUUGCGACGACUAUUGACGCGGUGGCUGAGAAAGUGGAGGGACCCGAUCGAUUAUCCGGGAAUGACGAGAAGGAAGAGGGAGAACUAAGUGAGGAGCAGCCUAAUCCAUAG